CACCGCAAAGGAACGAUCCAAACGAUAUUACGAUAGACACGCAAGACCAGUUCAAUUCAAAAUUGGAGACUCAGCUUACGUAUUAAAGGAACCAAGAAGCAAAUUAGAUCCCCAUUAUGUCGGGCCAUAUGAAAUAAUAGACGUAACCGAUUUAAACAAUGUCGUCUUAAAAGCAGAAAAUAAUAAAAUCAUCACUAAACAUCAAGAUAAACUCAAAAUCGCAUAUUCCGAAUAACACAACCUCUAUCCUUGCAGAUAACAAUCAUGGAUCGAAUUACCACGCUACUGCUGUUCAUCGGGUUGGCGAUGAAUUUGGACGCAUCAGAUGACGUUGGAAUAACGACAUUUGAACAGAACACGGGAUUGUACUUUGAAAAAUUACCACCUCUGAAGAUCUACCAUAUUCAAUGGCGUUUGGUUACCUCAAUAGAAAUCAAAAACUAUCUUCGACACCGCCCAAUGCUGGACGAACACCUGCACCAGAUUGAAAUGAUUUGCAAGGAUCAUAACUUCACCAAUUGCCCAAGCCAACUGUAUGGACAACAAUUGCGGGACAAGCUGGCGCAGACAGACAGAUACAGCGAUCUCUUGAAGGCUUUUACGGGAGACAUCCCCAAGGAACAAUACCACAGGAUUAGAAUCAGAAGAAGCGCUCCUCUUUCUUUCAUUGGAACAAUUAGCAAGGUACUGUUUGGGACCCUCACAGAAGACGAUGCUCACUAUUACAACCAAGAAUUGGAUAAAUUAUACACCGGUCAAGGACAGAUGGCCGAAAUAAUAGCAAAUCAAACUUACAUCAUGCGUUCUGAAUUCGACAACCUCCACGCACAACUCCUAAACACAACGUUAGAAGCUCACUUUAUAAUGAAUGAGGUUAUCACUCUGGGGAAAGAAUUACAUAAAACUCAGACUGAAAUCAAAGGAAUGGAGAUCAGGAACCUCUUGUUAGGGUGGACUGACCAACUGGACAAAGCCAUUCAGGAAUAUCACUCAAGCCUGAUCAUCAUCAUAGAUGCUAUUCUUUUUGCUAAACAAGGGACUCUUCAUCCGGCAAUUUUGUCGCCACAACAGCUACUAGAUGCAGCCAGGAAAAUAAUGGAUUCUACCACUUAUGAAUUUCCCCUGACACCUACAGAAAUACUUUCGGAACAAUUCAGCGGAAUUGCGAAAUUUCAUGUAACGUAUACCAAAGGAAGAAUACUAUUUGAACUCAUCGUCCCUCUACUGGAUACUACAGUUUACGACCUGUAUAAAGUACAUUCGAGCCCAAUAACCCAGGUAAAGGGUACAACAACGUUAACUGUUUUUAUCAAACCUAGCACCCCAUACCUCGCCGUAGCCAUGAACGGCAUAACAUAUGUCACUCCCGACGAAGAAUAUAUCCGACAAUGCUACAACCUCCACGGACACUACAUCUGUCAAGCUACGAUUCCAAUAGCUUAUCUGAGGAACAAACCAACCUGUGAGACGGAGCUCUUGAGCCAGACAACCAUGGACAGCUGGAACAUGUGCGACGUCCGCCUGACGCCAACCUUCAAGGACCUUUGGCAACCACUAUUAUAUAAGCAAGAUUGGUUGUUCUAUGUGAAGGAAGGGAAAAAGAUAUAUUUCUACUGUAGGGACCGGUCAGCUGGUUCACAAUACAUUCAGGGAACAGGGAUCUUGAAAUUAAAACCAGGCUGUACUGCAAUAACGGAUUCAACAAGAAUUCGGGCAUUGGAUACAAUCGAAUCGAAAGAAGAAUUCACUUACGCACCGACAAUAUCUUUAGAUAUAACAAGAAUUUUGCCGGAUUUUGGUGAUCACCACGUGGAGGCAAUCAAGCAGUUAACCAAUUCAAACAUUUCGCAAGCACAACCUACCAACAAUUGGCCAAAAAACGAGGCGACCAUUUCGCUAAUGCAGCUAGAAGAAAAGGCACGGACUCUUGCAGAACACCACAAAACCAGGCACCCCUCCACCAACAUGGGACCAGCCACUCCAAGGACCAGCAUCCAACCGAUCAACCAGCAACGGUGGCCAUCAAUCAAAAACUCCCUAAGCUAAGUCCCCACAUAUACACAAUUACAUACACGCACACCACACAUCGCAAUAGUUCAGUUCAAAAGUAAUAGAAUCAUUUGGCAAUUUUGGUGUACUCAUCCGACUCCGAAUGGUGAAAGCAUCGUAACAAACGAUGUUUCAUCUUAGAGGGGAGAUGUUACGUAUCCGUCUUGGAAAUUUCCUUAUAUGGUGUUACAAACCCUUCUCAAGAAAUUUCCUUAUAUGGAAUC